CUUCAGGUACCAGCCUUUGUUGCCCAGAAAACAGAGAGCUACUACAUUCCAUUGGAAGGAGAAAUGGCCCGUGUUCACAUCCUAGUCCUACAGGGUGACAGAGUGAGCUUUAAGGGUUCAAAGAAGGUGCAGGUCAAGAGCUCUCCCACAAUUAACCUGAUGGAUCUAGACAAGCCCUUUUACAAGCCUGGAGAGAGAGUAAAACUUCGAAUUGUGCAGCUUGAUGAACAAUUUAAGGUCCGCAAUAAAUCUAUCCCUUUGCUAGAGCUGAGAGAUCCUAAUGGGAACCGAAUAGGCCAAUGGGUAGACGUGAAGCCUCACCAUGGCAUUGUGGAUCUGUCUUUCCCUCUGGCCUCGGAAGCGGCCCUGGGAUCGUAUACCUUCAAAAUGGGAGAGGACUACAGAAAUAGGAAAGCAUUCACUGUGGAGGAAUAUGUGCUGCCUAAAUAUGAAGUGCUGUUUGAACUUCCGCAACUUGUCACCAGAGCAGAUGAAGAAGUUCAAGUCAAAGUGCUUGGCAGGUACACAUAUGGGAAGCCUGUUUGUGGGAAAGUAGAUCUACAUGUAACUCGAGACACAUCAUUUUACUUUUUUUAUGACACGCCAGUGAGACAACUCGAUGCAAUUCAAAUGCACCACACAGGCCAGACAGACAAGAAUGGUUAUGUUUCUUUCACAAUUAAUGCAACCGAUUUAAAGCUGCCUGAGAGAGGCUAUACGGAUUUUGUUCGGCUUUCUGCGGAAUUUGAAGAAGAAGGAACAGGAGUGAAAGUCGCAGGAACCGGUGGCUUCUCUGUUGCCGCCAGAGUAGCAAACGUGCAGUUCCUAAAUCUCAAUCCAUUCUAUAAGCAUGGAUUUCCAUACACUGGAAAGAUGAAAUGCACCAUCAACGACGCACCCUUCAAGAAUGAGACGGUCUAUCUUACUGUCGAUGUCAAUGACGUGGAGACAAACCUUCCUUACCGCACAGAUGAGAAUGGCGAAGUUGCUUUCUCCUUGGACACAACAGAAUGGAAAGAUACCUCGGUUUCUCUACGGGGCAGGUACACUAUUUUAAAGCAGCCUGGGGCCAUUUCCUUUGACUUCCUGGAGACAAUACGGAAUGAAGCUUUCGUAUGGCUGAUGCCCUUCUACUCAGAAAGCAACAGUUUCCUCGAGAUCCAGCAUGUGGAGGAAGAGCUGCCCUGUGGAAAAGACCAGGAAGUGCUGGUGGAUUACAUCCUUGAUCGGAAAGAGCUGGGCCCGGAAGCCGACCACGUAGAUUUCUAUUACUUGGUUGUGUCCAAAGGGAAGAUUGCCUUCAGUGGAAAGAAGCAGGUGCCAAUUGGCCAGGAUGAGACUCUGAAAGGCACCUUCUCCCUCACCUUGUCUACGAGCUCUGACCUGGCACCCACAGUCAGGCUUCUGCUGUACGCUGUGUUUCUGGAUGGCGAGGUGGCGGCUGACGUGGAUAAUUUCAGAAUAGAGAAGUGCUUCAAACACAAGGUGACUCUGGGCUUCUCUGAGACAGAGGAACUUCCAGGGGCAAAGGUCAACCUGCAAAUCGAAGCUGCCCCUGGUGCAUUGUGCUCUCUCCGUGCUGUGGACAAAAGUGUCGCGCUGAAGGAAAAUGCAACACUGACCCCAGAGGAAGUGUAUCAACAUAUUGAGUCUAGUCUGAUUGGCUCCAGAGGGUUUUACUUUGACCUGGAAGACUUUGAGCCAUAUCCUUGUCUACCUUCUGAGGGUCCAAAGACAAAACGGUCCAUUAUGGCCCCCUGGUUCCAAACCCAGGCUGAUGCCUACAGCCUGUUCAAACAAUUAAAUAUGAAAGUUAUAACCAACACCAAAAUGAAGAAGCCAGUGUCCUGUAGAUUGCCAGAAAUGGCACCUGUUCGCUAUAGCUUAGGAGGAGGAGUAGGUGGCAUUGCACCGGGUGCGCCUAAUGUUGCUUCCAGGAGUGAAGUGGUGCCUGAGGCUUUUUCUUCAGUCCCCGGGAAAGCAGAGGAAGCCAAACCCAGGACAUACUUUCCAGAGACUUGGGUUUGGGCUCUGGUCCCUAUCAACGAGGAGGGGAAAGCAACUUACCCGGUCACCGCUCCAGACACGAUCACGGAGUGGAACGCUGAUGCCUUCUGUGUGGCUGACAUUGGCUUUGGACUCGCCCAGCAAGCCAAGUUCCGGGUCUUCCAGCCUUUUUUUGUGGAUAUGAGCCUGCCGUAUUCUGUGGUCCGUGGGGAGACCUUGCUGCUAAAGUCCACUGUCUUCAAUUACAUGAAGGAAUGUAUCCAGGUGAGAGUGAAGCUGCUGGAGUCGCAGGAGGUGGACGUGAAACCAUGCCCAGCCUGCCAGUUCAGCACCUGCCUCUGUGCUGAGGAGGCCCACACCUUCUCCUGGAACGUGACGGUGACUCAGCUGGGGCACGUCAAUCUCUCGAUCACCGCCGAGGCAGAGGAGACGCAUGAGCUGUGUGGCAAUAAGAUCUCCACCACACCUGCACGAGGCCGGUCAGACACAGUGGUCAAAUCCCUGCUGGUCAAGCCAGAAGGCGUCCUUGAAGAAGAGACCCACAAUGCCUUCCUCUGCUCUUCAGGGGACCCAGUUCAUGACGAGGUUUCUCUAAAGCUGCCUGGAGCUGUUGUGGAGGGCUCUGGCCGAGCUACCGUCUCCUGCAUUGGAGACAUUAUGGGUGCUGCGCUAGAAAAUAUAGACCAGCUACUUCAAAUGCCCUUUGGCUGUGGUGAGCAGAACAUGGUAAAAUUUGUUCCCAACAUGUUUGUCGUCCAAUACCUGGAGAAAACCAACCAAGUGACUCCUGAGAUCAAAGAGAAGGCAAUAGAAUACAUAAAGAGUGGGUACCAACGCGAGCUGCUCUACAAACAUGACGAUGGCUCCUACAGUGCCUUUGGGAAGAGUGAUGCCGAAGGCAAUACAUGGCUGACAGCUUUUGUGGUUAAGGCCUUCGGCCAUGCAAAUGCCUAUAUCUCUGUUGAUGAGAAGCACAUUCAGGAUGCUGUAGGCUGGCUGGGGAAGCACCAACUUCCCAGCGGCUGCUUUGAAAGUGUGGGGAGGCUCUUCAACAAUGCCCUGAAGGGUGGCGUGGAUGAUGACUUCUCACUAACAGCUUACAUUGCUGCCUCAUUGCUGGAACUGGGCAAGAAUGAUACCAUGGUAGAGAACGCCUUAGCCUGCCUUAAGAAGAACUUAACUUCAGCAGAGAGCAGCUAUUCCAAGGCUUUGCUAGCUUAUGUCUUCACUUUGGCUGGAGACACAGAAAUACGGAAUCAGCUCUUAACAACCUUAGAUGAACAGGCUGAAAAAACAGAUGGGGCCAUAUCCCUCUCAGAUGUAGAGACAACAGCCUACUUUCUCUUGAGUUACCUCUCCAAACCAGAGGUGUCCACAGAUGAAAUCAAAUAUGCCUCCCAGAUUGUGCGUUCCCUCACCAAAGCACAGAAUCCAUACGGAGGCUUUUCUUCCACACAGGACACAGUGGUUGCCCUGCAGGCUUUACCCAAGUACGCAGCCUUGACCUAUCGUGAAACAGGCGAUGUGAAGGUCCUGGUGAAAUCCAGUGGGGGUUUCCGGCACGAAUUCCAUGUGGACAAGCAGAACCGGCUGGUGUUGCAACAGGCGCCUCUCGCAGAGGUUCCUGGUCAAUACAAAGUGGAGGUGUCAGGGGACGGCUGUGCUUAUGUGCAGACUACCCUUCGAUUUAACUACUCACCUGAAAAGACCAAUGUUUUUGCUUUGAGUGUGGAGACGUCGCCAAAGGAAUGCAACGAGGUUUCCAGGAAAUUUUUCGACAUCCAUCUACACGUGAGCUACACAGGUCAACGGAAGACAAGCAACAUGGCCCUGAUAGAAGUGAACUUGGUAUCAGGAUUCAUACCGCUGAAGAAGUCUGUGAAGAAGCUGGAAGGGAAAGCCAACGUAAAGAAGGUGGAAUUUGACCCCGACAAGAUCAGCAUCUACCUGGAUCAGUUGGACAGCACUGUUCAAACCUAUGUUUUCUCUGUGGAGCAGGAAAUUGACGUGCUGGAUCUUAAGCCAGCGAUAGUGAAAGUCUAUGAUUAUUACCACCCAGAUGACCAUGCAGCUGUCGAAUAUAAUGCCCCCUGCAGCGCAGAAACCACAAAGGAAGAUAACCACUGAGACAAUCGACCAUUGUAGCUGAAACACCCCAGUGAACAAAGAAAUUGUUACAAAA